UCAGUUGCCUUGCAGACGCGCAUCGGACAAGUUGUCAAUUGAAAAACGUUUCUGCGGCUCCACAUAAAUGCUGACGACUGGCCAUGUCUUGGCCAAAACAAUGGGGCUACGCUAGCCUCUGGCUGCCUUUGCUGAUCGGCCUGCUCUACACACAAAAUGCCACCGCUUUCAUUGUGCCAAGGGAACUACCGUCCAUAUUAUCCAUAGUUUACUCCAAUAUACCACCGAUUAAAAAGGGAACUGAUUCCCGUUUGGGCUUCGGCUUUCGCCUGGGCGAGCAUGCGGACUUUCAGGUGAUGGUGGAACUGGGUCCCCAGAAGGAGACCCGACCCAUCGGCGAACCCAGCCAGGAUGAUCAAUCGUUCAACAAGCGCCAGGUGAGCCAAACCGAUCAGAAGGCUCUGGCUCGCCAACUCUACCGCCAGCAGGUGAAGGAGGAGGCCGAGAGAUUAAUGACCUCCACGGAGAGAAAUGGGGCCAGCUGGCUGGAGGCCUGGUCGAAUGGAAUGAAACCUCAAAAGCAGAAAUCAAAGGACCAGGCCAAAAGGCCUGCGAAAGAAAGUUCGGCUGCCAAUCAUCGGAUUCCACCGCAACCGCAAGAUCCCUCGAAUGCCAUGCAGCAGCUGCAGUUGCUCUACAAAAUGGCCACCAGUUCCAGCAGCACCACCACCACCACUGCGAUUCCUCCUGCCUUCAAGGGGGGUUCCCUCAAUCUGGGUGCUCCAAGUGGCUUUAAGCUGCCACCACCUGCUCUCAGCCAGGACACAAAUACGCUGAGCAAUCCCACUCCUCUCAAGAACCAAAGUGAGAUCACCAGGGAGCUAAUGAAUGUCAGUCUGGAGACAGACACUUAGGUUGUGCGCUUAUCUAGUUACUAAUCAAUGAUCAUCGAUCACUGUAUACCUGUGUAUAUGGGUGCUUAGCAAAUCUGUGUGUAGUAUCGCUUAGCUAUGUUUUUGUAAAUAAACCUUAAACUUAACUAUAA